GCCAGAGCCGACCCUCCCUGUCAGCUCCCACCCCCUUCCCCAGCCCUGGCCUCAGGCCUCUACCUGCCCUGUUCUUCUCGGGGUCCUCCAUCUGGUCUGGGCCCAGGGCCAGUUCCCUCGGGAGGGCCCUGGCAGCCCCCUUCUCUGACUGUCUCCACUCAGUGAUGUCACAGUCCCUGGACUGACAUCACUACACAGCCCUGAGCCCAGAGCCCAGGGAAAAGCUGAGGGGAGGCCAGGGACCUCGCUGGGCUGGGCAGGUGCAGGCCACCCCCGUCCCAGUGCCCUCAGAGACACCUAGACUCAUGUGGACCCGGCCGUGGCCCCUUCUGGGCAGCGCUGUCCAGGCUGGCCCUGCCCUCUGACCUGGGGCCGCAGGGGCUGGCCACCGUGGGCUCAGUCCCCCGCCACCCCAAUUCACCUGCACCCCAAGGAAAGAGAAUGCGGAGUUGCAGCGCCCCAGGACCCACGAGCCCCCAAACACCAGGGCAGCACAUACUUCCAGUCCCAGGGUCAGAGCAGAGCGGGGCCAGGCCCAGCCCGGUGACACAGGGCAGAUGGAAGGGCGCCCUCCAAAACAGAAGAGCACAGGAGCUGCCGCGGCCGGGACAAACCAACCUCAGGCUGACCUAGGCCGGUAAUGGGUUUAACGCAUUGGGUGCAAAAGAGAAACACCCCACAAAUCAGGGAGAGAAGGGAAGCUGCCCACCCCACGGGAGGAGGCUGAGGAGUGAAUGCCGGGGCCGGGCGGGGCCGGUCCUCACAGCGCUGUGGAGACCAGACCAAGGGCAACUGUCAUCACCACGAGAAGGCCCUGUCCACGGCAGAACCCCACCUCACCGCACCGAUUGCACCACAGAUGCCCAUGAGGAGAGCCGGCCUCCGAGAACGUGGCUGAGCAGUCACAUGCCACCGUCAGCAAAGGCAAGGACCCAGAUUAUGCAAAGGGAGGCGCGGCUGCCAUGGACUCCAGGGCCUCAGACGCCAUCAACAAAAGCAGUGUACACAUUUGCAUCAAAUCCAUCACAAAGACUUCGAGACUCCGGGGGAAAGUCUGGGAGGACACUGGUCCUUCCAGAAACGUAACCACGAACAGCCGUGGAAAACCUGGGUGGGCUGCGUUUCUACUGCGUUUCUACAUUUCCUUUUCUUUUUUUUUUUCUUCCAGAUGGAGCCUCACUCUGUCGCCCAGACUGGAGUGCCUUUUCCCCUCACAGCGUGGGAGCCGCUGGGUGAUGUCCCGCCCUGGUUUCCCUCCACCCGAAGGCAGUCACCUCGGUCGCCGGCUCCUGCCUCUGUGAUGCUCCCCACGAGGGCUGCAGAGUGGAGGGCAUGGCGGGGUUCGGCCUCAUUCCCCGGGGAGCCCCAGGGGAGAGCUUAGUCCCGGGGAGCUGCCCAGGUCUUUGCCAUCCCCUGGCCUCCAUCCAGUCCCUCACGACUCGGCUCCUGGCCCUGCGCACCGGGCAAUGCCUGCUAGGCACGUGCCCCUCAGAGUCAGGCCUGUAUUCACCUCAGCUUUUAUUAAGGGCCUUCAGGGAUUGGGUUUUUUAAAUCAUCGUCAAAUAUACUGUUAUUAAAAGGAUAUGUACACUUUGGGAGGCCGAGGUGGGCGGAUCACUUGAGGUCAGGAGUUUGAGACCAUCCUGGCCAACAUGGUGAAACCCUGUCUCUACUAAAAACACAAAAAUUAGCUGGGCG